AUGCUUUUCUUCAGCUUCUUCAAGACGCUGACCCAACAAACCGUAACGGUCGAGUUGAAGAACGACAUCUCCAUCCGCGGGACCUUGAAAUCAGUGGAUCAAUACCUGAACAUCAAACUCGACGACAUUGUCGUUCUCGACGAGUUGAAGUAUCCCCACCUGAGUUCGGUGAAGAACGUCUUCAUCCGCGGUUCCGUCGUACGAUACGUCCACCUGCCGCCGGACAAGGUUGAUCGUGGGCUCCUCGAGGAUGCCUGCCGCAGGGAGGCUAUGGCGCAGAAGGGAAAGGCCGCUUGA